AUGAGCUCAUGGGUUUGCUCUUACGUGACUCGAAACGUCGCAAUCGCCGCUAAUUCACAUCCUUUUUCAGUAACUAAACAGUUUGGUUUUCCGGCGAGAAUUCGGAGAGCAUCCGUCCCAUUUCCGAUAACAUCUGCGCCGAAAUUUCCGUCAUUUAAACUCCAAAAGUCUCAAUCGUCUCCUCAAUCGCCGACCCAUGAAGGCGAAGAAGAGUCCGAAUCAUUCGUACAAGCCCUUAAGAUUCCAGACGAGUGGUUGCUCCCUUCAAAGGCCAUUGAGGAAUCUGAAUGGUUGAAAGUAACUUUGCACAAAUGGUUAGACGAUGAGUAUUGCCCUGAGCCAACCAAUGUGGAGAUCAGUAAAGUAGCUGCAAAGUCUUUCUACACUUCAUUGCUAGAGAAAGAAACAGACAUGGGAGAGAUUUUGCUAAAGAUGGCACAAGACUUAACCUCCAUUUCAUACCAAGAAAGCUUCCAUGGAGCUUUCACAUCAGCAAAUGCAGCUAUAAAUUUGAUUGUUGAAAGACUAGAAACAGAAACCAGCCUACUCUAA